GUUUGCUGCCCCUGCCUUUGUCAGCAUCCCCAUCCCUGGCUCCCCCCGUCCUGCCCCACCGCCGUCGGCCCUGCUGCCAGCUUUGUCUGAUCCCCUUUGAACCAAGACUACUCCAAGAAGCAAAGAGUGAUGGCAUCAGUGUUCCAAAGUGUCGGGGCUACAAUUGGCUGGAGGAGCCACCAGCUACUGGCUGACUUUGAAAAUGAGAGCCCAGUGCCUGACAAAUUUAGAAAGAAGCCUUCUUCAAGCUCUCUCAAUACCCUCCGCAUGUCUCUGAGAAAGCGAAUGCCCUUAAAGCAAGUAGAGAUGAACCUCAGUGAGAAUCCAACUUGGGAAAGUCUGGAAGCGAAAGAGAAGCGACAAAGCUUCCGUGCUAUCACAAGAACAGCAAAAAAUGCCUUUGGAACAGUGUCCCAGAAAAUACAGAAGUCCUGCCGAAACCGCCCGCAGUCUCUAGUCAUCUCUCCAGCUAAAGCCCCUGCAAGAAGAAGUGGCAUCGCUUGCUCUGCCAAGAAGAGAAGCACCUCACCUCGAACUCCUAGUCGGAAGAAUAGGCUGGCCACAAUGACCACCCCAUUGUCUGGUCUCACUUGCACCCCCAUGUCCAGCAGGAGAGCCUCCCUUUCAUCCAGAUCUGCAAAGAGCUUGGUGGGGAAAGAAAGGAGGAGUUUCUCUUACUGGCUUGGAAAAGAAGCUGUCCCUCUCCGGAGAUCAAGGAGAGCAGCAGCUCUAAAGAGCCCAUAUUCAUCACCUAUGCCUUCCAGCAGAAAGAGAGAGUUUGACUGCGAGUUAGAAUCAGUCUCUUUGGGAAUUCGCCGGCUGAAACGUCUUUCUCAGGUCUUCGAUGAUGUCAUUGUGAGAGAGGAGAGAGAACAAGCAAUAUCCAAAUAUCAGUAUCUAAUGGCACAAAACUUGCGAUCCGCGCAUCGGUCUUGGAAACUCUCCCAAUCUGCUUUCAGACAGCGUGCGAGGAGGCUCCAGCAUGCAGUUGCCAUUUGGACUGAGAUGGCCUUAAACAGUAUUAACGUGUGAGCAAAUGAAGGAUUAACUAUAUAUGGGAGUUGGAGGGGUGUACUGUCUGUUUGGAUUUAAGUGACUCUGCUUUGAAUAAGCCAUUAACCAUUUUUAGAAUACUACCUUUUCAGUUCAGCUCAGGUCUUUCCUUCUGUGGAUUUCUCCUGCCAGCGGCGCAGGGAUUAUAUUAAAGUGUAUCACAUGACCACCCCUGUGGUAUUGCCCAGCAAUGGAAUAAUGAACUGAACUCACUUAACCAGGACUU